AUGGCUGGCGCAGCGGACGGCCCGCAGCGGCCGGAGAGCGCGCUGCAGGCCAUGAGAAUCGUCAUGCGCGUACAGGCGCGGCGUGCGGAGAUCUACGGGGAGCUCGACGGCGCGUUCCGGGCCUACCUCGAGAGCGACAACGAGGGGCCUUACAAGCGGGCGAUCGCGGCGUCCACGGAGCAGUUCAACGAGUGUUCGAGGCAGGUCCUCGCUGCGGAGGAGGAGCUCCGAGGCCCCCUGGCGCGCAGCGACCUGGCGGAUCUGCUGCGCAGCAUCCAGGACGAGGAGAAGAACAAGCUGCGGUUCACGGUGACGCAUCAUGUGCUGCGGAAGUCCGGGAGAGACAACGUGUGGGGUUGGCAGCGGCAGGCCAGAGGGGAGAACGUCGACUACGACCCCAUGAACCCGCCGCCGAACCCGCACGCGCUCGCGGACCGCGCGGCGCGGCAGCAGCACCAGGAGAUGCACCGCGCGCAGGAGCGGGCGAGGCGCGCGGCGCAGGCGAGCGACGGGCAGGCAGACGGCGGCGACGCGGCGGGAGGCGACGCUGCGGCACCCAACGGUUGCGGGUGCCGCGGCGACCUGGACGACGGGGGCUGGGAGGCGGCGGAGCCGUCGGUGCCGCCGGAGCCGACGCGGGCGGAGUACGAGGGGGCGUUGGAGGAGGUGGUGCAGGGUCUGCAGUUCGUGGUGGGGGAGUUGAACGACAAGCUGGACGAGGUGCGGGAGUGGGCGGCGGAGCUGGCGGAGGACGACGGAGAGGGGUGA